UGUGUGCAUAGGUCUGCCAGGCUCUGCCCCUUAAAGUCAGGGGGCUGGUGGAGGCAGCACCCUAGCUGGGAGAAAAUGUUGCUCAUUUAAGAGCGUUUGCGCGUCCAGAGUAAAGUAAUUGAAAAAGUGAGACCGAAGAAGGAAGCACGAUGACUAGACCUCUGCUGUGUCUAGCUGGGCUGGGACAAUUCCUCCUUCUGUGGCUGCUGCCGCCUCUGGUGCCUGUGCCCAGGGUGGAGGCUCAGAGGACCUGGACCUCGCUGUUCUGCCCCGUGGCCUGCGAGCCGAUGCGCUGCCCCCCGCUACCCACCUGCUCUUCUGGGGCAAUGCCGGUGCUUGACCGCUGCCAAUGCUGCCGUGUGUGCGCCGCGGCGGAGGGCGAGGUCUGCGGCGGGGCGCGCGGCCGACCCUGUGCCCCAGGGCUGCAGUGUGGAGCGCCGUUCGGUCCCCGGCGCCUGGGCGGUGCUCGGUUGGGCACCUGCGGCUGCCCAGCGGUGGGGGCCGCCGUAUGCGGCAGCGACGGGCGUACCUACCCCAGCCUGUGCGCGCUCCGCGCCGAAAACCGUGCCGCGCGCCGCCGUGGCGCACUCCCAGCCGUGCCGGUGCAGAAAGGGGACUGUGGGGAUCCAGGGACUAGAGGCGCAGGCCGACCCAGGAGCAAGUACAACUUCAUCGCCUCGGUGGUGGAGAAGGUGGCACCAUCCGUGGUUCAUCUGCAGCUGUUCCGCAGGUCACCUCUCAGCAACAAGGAUAUUCCUGCAUCCAGUGGCUCUGGGUUCAUAGUGUCUGAGGAUGGGCUCAUUGUAACCAGUGCCCACGUCCUCACCAACCAUCAGCGAAUCCAGGUGGAGCUCCAGAGUGGGGUCCAGUAUGAAGCCACUGUCAAGGACAUUGACCAUAAAUUGGAUCUUGCACUAAUUAAGAUUGAGCCAAAUACUGACCUCCCCGUAUUGCUUCUGGGAAGGUCCUCUGACCUGCGGGCUGGAGAGUUUGUGGUGGCCUUGGGCAGUCCAUUUUCUCUGCAGAACACAGUGACUGCAGGCAUUGUCAGCACUACACAGCGAGGAAGCAAAGAGCUGGGGCUGAAGGAUUCAGACAUAGACUAUAUCCAAACUGAUGCCAUAAUUAAUCACGGGAAUUCUGGGGGGCCUCUGGUGAACUUGGAUGGUGAUGUUAUUGGCAUAAAUACACUGAAGGUGACCGCAGGAAUCUCCUUUGCAAUUCCUUCAGAUCGAAUUCGACAGUUCUUGGAGGAAUUCCAUGAGCGCCAGUUGAAAGGAAAGGCUCUUUCACAGAAGAAAUAUCUGGGUUUGCGAAUGCUGCCCCUCACUAUGAACCUUCUUCAAGACAUGAAAAGGCAAAAUCCAGAUUUCCCCGAUGUGAGUUCUGGGGUUUUUGUAUAUGAAGUGAUUCAAGGAACAGCUGCUGAAAGCUCUGGGUUGAGAGACCACGAUGUAAUUGUCAGCAUAAAUGGUCAACCUGUUACCACCACAACUGAUGUUAUUGAAGCUGUCAAGGACAAUGAUUCCCUUUCCAUCGUGGUUCAUCGAGGAAGUCAAACUUUGAUCCUGACAGUCACUCCUGAAAUAACUGAUUAAGUAUCUUGCUUUAAAGAAAAAUUAUCUAACAAAACCAAAACUAUAUUAUCUGGUUUGUAUUGAAGAUAACCUAAAGAUGGCAAGAGGUUUUGGGAUCUCUUUCUUACAAAGAAAAAUGAAUACUUUAACACACACACACACACACACACACACACACACACACUCAGGUACCAUUAGAUUGGGGUGCUGCUAUACUGCUGCUAAAAAGCCUCACUAAGUGGAAGAAGAACAUGGGUGCCAGGAAGUCUGGAGAGCUGAUAAAAUAUUAUUUAAAGAUAGGGAAAAACUGAAAAACAGACUCAAUUUCUAAUUUAACCUUGACAGGACACUUUAGUAUUUUAAAACUUCUCUAUAGCCACAAACUGCAUAUAACACAUACAUACAUACAUACACACACACACACAAAUUGAUCUACCAAAUAUUAAGAAAUAACCUGAAUCCAAAGUGCAAAGGAAAUCAAGUUUUUAAUAAUAUUCCUUUAUGCAAUCAGUUUUUCAGGUUGUAUCACAUUUGGCCAGGAUUUGUGGAUACAGAGGAUAGGCUUCACUUAGCAGUCAAAUUGAAACUGACAACUGCAGAUUGUUACAGAGGAAUAUUAAAGAUUCUCAAGUUAUCACUCUAGAAGU